UGCACAAAAUUUCCGGUUAAAAAAAUAGGACGAUCGAGUCGGCAUCAGUUACGGGACUCUUUUAUCAGUUACCUAUAUAAUGUAACACGUUGUCAGUACGUGAUUCAUUUGUAAAAUGAAUAUUUUCAAAUUAUGCCAAACCUGUAGUGGCACUGUAUUGAGAAGAUGCAUUCAGACAUCUUCUACACGCCAUGUCGAGCUCACAAGUGUACGCUAUCCGGACGUUAAGAGGGGAAACUAUGGUAGUGUUCGUGACAGUGAUCUUGCAACAUUUGAACGGCUUCUACCUGGAAGAGUUUUAACAGAUUCACUAGACGGAUACAACACAGAUUGGCUGAAAACAUGCAGAGGUGCUAGUCAAGUUGUUUUAAGACCUAAGUCUACAGAGGAAGUUUCAGCCAUAUUGAAAUACUGCAAUGAGAAGAAAUUAGCAGUAGUACCUCAGGGAGGAAACACAGGCCUGGUAGGGGGCAGUGUCUCAGUAUUCGACGAAAUUGUGAUAUCUACACAACUUAUGAACAGUAUUAUUAGCUUGGAUGAAAUAUCAGGGACUCUGGUUUGCCAGGCUGGAUGUGUGCUAGCUAGUCUUGAAGAUUAUCUAUCCAACCACAAACUGACUAUCCCUGUUGAUCUUGGAGCCAAAGGAAGCUGCCACAUUGGGGGCAAUGUGGCUACCAAUGCAGGUGGUGUCAGACUGCUGAGAUAUGGCUCCCUCCAUGGGAAUGUUCUAGGACUAGAGGCAGUUUUGGCAAACGGUGAGGUUGUGGAUUGCCUCUCAACUCUGAGGAAAGAUAAUACAGGUUACGACCUCAAGCAACUUUUCAUUGGAUCAGAGGGAACUCUGGGAAUAAUAACAGCUGUUUCUCUCAACUGUCCUCAGAAACCAGAAGCUGUCUCUGUGGCAUUUUUAGGAUGUGAAUCAUUUCAAAGUGUGUUGGACAUAUUUAAAGAGAGCAGACAAAAACUUGGUGAGGUUUUGUCUGCAUUUGAAUUCAUGGAUUCCCAAACAAUGACUGUAGCCAAAGAAAAUCUGAAACUACGGAGCCCUAUUGAAGACCAUCCAUUUUAUGUGUUAAUUGAAACGUCUGGAUCUAAUGGUAGCCAUGAUGAGGAGAAACUGAGUCAGUUCUUGGAGCAUGUGAUGGGUACAGGGAUUGUGCAGGAUGGAACUGUAGCCACAGAGCCCACCAAAAUACAGAACAUAUGGUCCAUGAGAGAAAGAAUUGCAGAGGGGCUCAUGCACGAUGGCUACUGUUACAAAUAUGAUGUGUCCCUACCCCUCCAGUCUUUUUACGGUCUUGUUGAAGCAAUGAGAGAAAGGAUGGGCACCAUGGUAACCAGGGUCGUAGGUUAUGGACAUGUUGGUGAUGGAAACCUGCAUUUGAAUUUAACUUCCCCAGAAUACAGCACAGAAGUAAUGGAUAAGAUAGAGCCAUUCAUCUAUGACUGGGUAGCGAACCACAAGGGGAGCAUUAGUGCUGAGCAUGGCUUAGGAUUCAAGAAGAAGAAUUUUAUCUACCACAGUAAAUCAAAAUCAGCCGUUCGCCUGAUGAAGGAUAUCAAACACACUUUUGAUCCCAAUAUGAUUCUGAAUCCUUACAAAGUUUUACCAGACUUUUGAUGAAUAUAUACUAGUUAAAAGUUUCAUGUACCUGAAUUUGGGGUCAUUUUUCUAGAAUGUCGGUGAUUUUGUGUUUUGUGUUGGAAGAUUAAAUUUACUAUAUCUAUUGUUAUUAGUGCAAAAAUUAAUAUAUCUGAAACAAAGAGGCGGAAACAAAUGUCUCUCAAUAUCUGAAAUGUUAUCAAGACUGAAAGACUUUUUGCCUUGGAGCCUGGAGACGAUUUUUAAGACAAUUCAAUUAAAAACUGUCUUACGGCAAUUUUACAAUCUAGUUCUUGGUUGUUAUUUUUAGCUCACCUAACGAUCGAGCUUUUCUGAUCAUCUGUUGUCUGCAAUCCACCCAUCUGUCGCUAUGUUAAAUUCAUGAUAAAAUAGAAGGCUAUAUUUUCAUGCUAA